CCUGAUGGGAAUUGUAGUUCUGGGAAGGAGCCAGGUUCCCUCAAAGGGCUCUGGGAACUACCUCUCCGGGUGAGGAGGGUACGGCUCCGGCGGGCCGCGCGUUGCGGGGGCGUCGCACUGUCCGCAGCCCGGUCCAGACUUGCAGAGUGUUUGAGUGGCAGGCCGGGAGGGGUAUCUUUUCCUUUACUCUGCGCUCAGACAGCGCCAACCCCUCCUUCCCUCCCCCCACUGCCGUGCGCUCCCUGCCCGGCUCCCCGCGUCAGCUUUUCCUGGGCCCCUGGAUGAGCUGGGGCCUGGAGGUUCGAAGGUAACGGCCGCUGCCUGGCGCGGAAGCGAGGGGCGCGCCCCUCUUCAGCCCAGCAAACCCCGCCCCCGGCCCUUGCCUCCAUGGGCCCAACUCAGAAACCCAACGUGUGCCGCCAGCUGAGCCGCCGGGCGCUGGGCUUCUUCUCGCGGGACGCAGGCGUGGUGCAGAGGACGAACCUGGGCAUCCUGCGGGUGCUGGUGUGCCAGGAAAGUACUAAAUUUAAGAAUGUUUGGACAACUCAUUCCAAGUCACCUAUAGCCUAUGAGAGAGGAAGAAUAUAUUUUGACAAUUAUCGGUGCUGUGUCAGCAGUGUUGCAUCAGAGCCAAGAAAACUUUAUGAAAUGCCAAAAUGUUCCAAAUCAGAAAAAAUAGAGGAUGCUUUAUUAUGGGAAUGCCCAGUGGGGGAAAUACUUCCCAAUCCAUCAGAUUAUAAAUCCUCACUCAUAGCACUGACUGCACAUAAUUGGCUAUUUCGCAUAUCAGCAACUACUGGAAAAGUCCUUGAGAAAAUAUAUCUUGCUUCAUAUUGCAAAUUCAGAUAUUUGAGCUGGGACACUCCUCAAGAAGUCAUUGCAGUCAAGUCAGCUCAAAACAAAUGUUCAGCAUUGGCCCGGCAGGCAGGCAUUCAACAGCCUAUUUUGCUGUACCUUGCAGUGUUCCAUGUUUUACCUUUUUCACUCAUAGGGAUUCUGGAGAUCAGCAAGAAGAUUUUCGGGAACGUUACAGAUGCUACCUUGUCUCAUGGGAUACUGAUUGUGAUGUACAGCUCAGGACUGGUCAGACUCUAUAGCUUCCAAGCCAUCAUUGAACAGUUCAUGCAACAGAAACUUGACUUAGGGUGUGCAUGCAGAUGGGGUGGGACUGCUGGAACUGUAGGAGAGGCUCCUUUUGGCAUUCCUUGUAAUAUUAAAAUCACAGACUCACCACCACUGCUUUUUGAGGUGUCCUCCCUGGAGAAUGCUUUCCAGAUUGGAGGCCAUCCUUGGCACUAUAUCAUCACACCUAAUAAGAAGAAACAGAAAGGAGUUUUCCAUAUUUGUGCCCUGAAAGAUAAUUCCUUGGCAAAAAAUGGGAUCCAAGAAAUGGAAUGUUGUUCUCUAGAAUCUGACUGGAUCUAUUUUCAUCCUGAUGCUUCUGGUAGAAUAAUACAUGUUGGCCCCAAUCAGGUCAAAGUUUUAAAGCUAAAUGAAGUAGAAAAUAAUAGUGCCCAGCAUCAGAUCUCUGAAGACUUUGUCAUUUUGGCCAACAGGGAGAAGAACAAAAAUGAAAACUUACUCACUGUUACAGCUUCUGGACGGGUGGUGAAAAAAAAAUUUAACCUUCUGGAUGAUGACCCAGAACAAGAGACUUUUAAAAUUGUGGACUAUGAAGAUGAGCUGGAUUUGCUUUCUGUGGUAGCUGUUACCCAAAUAGAUGCUGAAGGAAAAGCUCACCUGGAUUUCCACUGUAAUGAAUAUGGAACUUUACUUAAAAGCAUUCCACUAGAGGAGUCAUGGGAUGUGACAUACAGCCAUGAAGUCUACUUUGACAGAGACUUGGUACUACACAUAGAACAGAAACCCAGCAGGGUCUUCAGCUGCUACGUUUACCAGAUGUUUGCAGAUAAAUGUCAAGCUAAUUAUGAUCAACAGUGCUGAGGAGAAAAAGGUGUUAACCUAUUCCAGACAUCAAGAAAUUAGUAGCAGAGUCCAUAAAUUUAAAAGAAAUACAAGGAACAAACCUAAAACUAUCUUUUGUGCAAUAGAUUAAAUUUGCCCAUUCUAAAACCUUAUAUGAAUGACAUCAUACAAAGUGGAAUGCUUCCUUCAUUCACCGUGGUUUUGAAGUUAAUUCACUUUGCAUGUACCAGUGAUUCAUCCCUUUUUAUUGCUGGCUAGUCUUUUGUAUGAAUGUGUCAAUUUGUUUUUUCCAGUUUUCUGUGAAUGGACACCUGGGCUGUUUCUGAUUUUUUUUCUUUUUUUUACUAUUGUGAAUAAAGUGCUGCGAACAUUCUUGUA